AUGAAGUUCCUCUGGUCUCUCGCCCUCUUCGCCGCUGCUGCUUCUGCCCAGUCCGUUACGGACUCAGACGCUGCUGCCCCCUCUGCCUCUGGCGGAUGUGACGCCGAUUUCAUUGUUAAGCGAUGUCUCGAGACCGAGAACGCAAAGGUUGAGGAGUGCAAGCCCAACGACUGGGAUUGUCUCUGCCCUGCCUACGAGGCCGUUGCUACCUGCUUCAACAACUGCCCCGACGACCCUCGUGCUGGCUCCGCCAAGGGCCAGGUCCAAAUCAACUGCCAGAACCAGUCUCUCUAUGGAACAUCCACAAGGAACACAAAGUCUACCUCUGCCACAGCUACUGCCUCGGAAGCUUCUGCUACCGAGUCUGAUGAUGCUGAAGAGACCGGCACUGCAACCAAGUCUGCUUCCGCCGCCGAGAACACCAACAACGCCGCCGAGAAGGCUCGCAACACUGCUGGCGUCCUCCUCGCCGUUGCUGGUGUUGUUGCUGCCAUCCUGUAA